AUGCCUCUCCCUACACCCACACAGUCUAUGCAACCUCACCCGUGGUGUGCAGCCACACACCUCUACCCACAAAAUGUCUCCACAAAUCUCCAUUCAUCCCACCCCUCCACCCGCCUCCAUCCCCGCCUCCCCCGAACCCACGCUCGCACCAACUCAUCAGACCUCAAAUCCCUCAUCGACGAGCACAUUGCCUGGCAAGAUAACGCCAUACGACCUGGUACGCGGGGCACACUGCUUGUAGAUUGGGAUGGGAGUGGGGAACCGCUUUUGUCGUAUCGAUCUGGGCGUGUUUUUGCGAGUUUGGUAGGUGGUGAGGGUGGUGCUGGGGUUGUGGAUGGUGUAGAUAGGGAGGAUGAGGAGGAUGAAGAUGGGGGAUUUGAAGAGAAGGAAGGGUCGCUGUUGGAGUAUCCAGGCGAGGAUGAGGAUGGAGGGGGCAUUUUGGGACUUGAGGAGGAGGAGAGAGGGGUUAGGGAGGUGUUGGAGGAGAUGCUGGAGACGAUGGUGAGGAGAGAGGGGGUGAUGGAAGGGAAGGGUAAGGAUGUGUUUGAGGAGGAAGAGAAGGGUAAGGAGAUUGUGGGAGAACAAGAGAAGAAGGGGAAGGGUGAGGUACAGGUGGGGUUUUUGAUUCGGAGGAAGCCGGUUCCCGUUAGGCAGUCGGGUCCUGUACAGCAGUCAGUUAUUGUACAGCAGUCGGGGGACGAGGGGAAGAAAGACGUUGGAGUGAAUGUGAGUGUUGACAAAGCAGUUCCCGAGGCUGGUAAGGUGCUUCGGGAGGUACCUGCUGAAGAGCAGGUGGAGAGAUUCCCUCUAUUUUACAGAUAUGAGGAGGUGCCUCGUGAGCGCGAGGAAGUGAAGAGGAAACAAAAUAGGAGGAGUGUAGGGAGGUUAGCUGAAGUACUGAAGGAAGAGGGGCUGGAGGUUUGGGGUAUGUUGAAGUACGAGGGGAAAGAGUUGAUGGCCGUUUUAAAAUAUGAGGGAAAGGGAUUGUUGGAGGAGGUUAAGGAGGAUGGCAAAGAGUUGUUGGUGGGUUGGAAGGAGGAAGGGAGGUGGCUCUCGGUUGUGCUGAGAAACGAGUGGAGAGAUGGCAGGAUGUUUGUUGGGAGGGGGAUUAAGAAGGUAGUGAAAAUAUUUUUUGGGGUAUAG